CUAUAAUUCAUCUGGAUCCUUACACUCCGCCUGUCAGCGUGAACACAAUCCGCUCCACCUGACUUGUGGAUCAGCAAUAACAGGAACGAACUGAGUUGUUGAAAAAGUUCGGCGGAGACAGCGUCAUCUUUCCACCCAGACGAAGAAGUAAAAUCUUCUAAAGGACGAAAACAUGGCUCAUAGCGGACUUCAGAAAAACAGGGAGCGUUUCUACUGCUCUAUUUGCCUGGAGUUACUCAACAACCCCGUAACAACGCCGUGUAAGCACAACUACUGCAUGGGUUGUAUUAAAAAGUUUUGGGACGAGGAGGACCAGCGCAGAGUCUACAGCUGUCCGCAAUGCUGCCAGACUUUUCGACCACGGCCUGCCCUGGCUAUAAAUACAAUGUUGGCGAAUUUGGUAGAAGAUUUGGAGAUAGAAGGAGACCAAGAAGUGAUCUGCGCAAAACAUAACGAAGCGAUGGACAUGUUCUGCCAAGUCGACCAGUGCUGCAUUUGCAUAAUAUGCGCUAAAUAUGAGCACAGAAAUCACACGGUGGUGCCAGCUGCAGCUGCGAGGACUGAAAAGCAAAAAGAACUAGAGACAAAACAACAGAAAAUCCACCAGCAGAUUUCAAAUAAAGAAAGAGAUCUCCAAGUGCUUCAGAUUGAACUGGACAAAACCUUCAAUUCAGCGGAGAAAGCUGCUAAAGAUUGUGACAACAUUUUUGCUGAAUUACAAAAUCUCAUCCAGAAAAGACACUUCGAGGUGAAGCAAGAAAUCAGAUCCAACUUGGAAAAAGAAGUGGUAAGAGUGCAAAGACUUCAGGAUAAUCUCGAACAAGAAAUUACAGAGUUAAAGUGGAAAGAGGCUGAAAUAGGGAAGCUGUUUGUUUACCAAAAUGAUGGACAGUUUUUGGAGGAUUUCUCAUCUGUAGCUGAACUCAACGUAACACCGGAGUUACCAAGGAUUAAAACUCAACCGAGAUCCUGCUUUGAAAACGUGGCAGCGAAUAUCUCAAAAACUAAAGACAAAAUAAAGGAGAUUUUGUACGAAAAUGUAACCACAGAAACGCCAGCAGCCCCAUCUCAAAGCGAGCCAGCGAGCAGAGGGGCGCUCCUCCGUUACGCGUGCCAAAUUACGCUGGAUCCGAAUACCAUGAACGCGCAACUGGCCUUAUCCGAAGAUGACAGAAGGGCCACGCUGCUCAGAGAAGAAACUACAUACCCAGAACACCCGGAGAGGUUUUUACGCUGGCGCCAGAUUCUGAGCAAAGAAAGUCUGAGUGAAAGUGGACGUUGUUAUUUUGAGGUGGAGUGGAGAAAGAAGCGCGUCACGGUGGCGGUGGCGUACAGGGACAUCGCCAGAGCGGGCAGCAUGAUAGAUGUGGCGUUUGGGUUCAAUGAUAAAUCCUGGGCUCUUGAGUGUAACACCAGCAGUAGUUACAAGUUCAUACACAAGGCGGUUAAAACUCCCAUUUCGGGGCCCUGGACGUCUCGGAUUGGCGUGUACGUGGAUCACAGAGAGGGGCUGCUGGCGUUUUACAGCGUUUCGGACACGGUGACGUUGCUUCACAGGGUGCAGACGGUGUUCACGCGGCCCCUGUACGCCGGGCUGUGGUUUGGGGGUUACCAAGGGGCCUAUGCUGAGUUCUGUGAGCUGAAGAAAGAAAUGCACUAAAUUGUCAUGAUGAACUGACUUUAAAGGUGCACUGUGUAAGUUUUUGGUUUCUAGGGAGAUGUGACUGCUCCACCUGGAAUGUUCCACAGUAUGACAUAAAAGAGCUCUACUAAGGAUGUAACAAUAUCUGAAAUAUUGUCAGUGUUGGGAAGAUUACUUUUAAAAUGUAUUCCCGUACAGAUUACAGAUUCCAUACCUCAAAAUGUAGUUUGUAACGUAAUCCAUUAAAUUACUUAAAGUGAGUAACGUAAUCUGAAUACUUUGGAUUACUUGAUUAUUGACUUGAAAGACUAGGAUAUUGUAACGUAAGAUGUUUAGUCUGCUAAAAGAAAAUAAAAAACCCAGUCUUUACUUAACUGUAUUAAAGAUAUUAUUGAUAGAAGAUGAGGAGACAUGUCCGCCCAGCAUGGUUUAGUCCUGGUUUAGUCCUGUUUUUAGAACUGUUUUAGUCGUGGUUUAGACCUGGUUUAGUCCUGGUUUAGUCCUGUUUUUAGAACUGUUUUAGUCGUGGUUUAGACCUGGUUUAGUCCUGUUUUUAGAACUGUUUUAGUCAUGGUUUAGACCUGGUUUAGUCCUGGUUUAGAUCUAGUUUAGACCUGGUUUUAGUCCUGGUUUUAGACCUGGUUUAGAUCUAGUUUAGACCUGGUUUAGUCCUGGUUUAGAUCUAGUUUAGAUCUAGUUUAGACCUGGUUUAGUUUCCGGCAAUGAGUGGAAUUACCAAAAAAAAAAAAAAAAAAAAAGGGGGGGGGAUAUAGCCCAAAAUGUUAACAGGAAAAUACCGUCGUGUAAUCCAUGUAUUUCAAUAAAGUAACUGUAAUCCAAUUACUACUCAUGGAAACAGUAACUGUAGCUGAAUACAGUUACUCAUAAGUUGUACUCUGAUUACGUAACUCCGGUACAUGUAAUCUGUUACUCCCCAACACUGAAUAUUGAGAUAUCGUAUCGUCAAAAGUCUCUCAAUAAUAUCAUGGGCUGUCACAAUAUAUAUAUUUUUUUUAUUUAAUUACAAGUUCCUGGGUGUUUAAAUGCAUGGUUUUAUCGUAGCAACAGCUUAUAAACAUUGGGAAAUACAUAUCCCAUUAUUUAUUUCAGUGCAGACAACAUGAAGAAAUAUGUUUUUACUUGAAUUCUUGGGAUUGUGAUGAAAAUAAUUCACACCAAAAUCUUGUCAAGGUAUUUUAAAAGCAGAAACAUGUCGUAUCUACAAUUAUAUCAGCCUCUCCAAAAUAUCGCAAUAAAUACCAUGACAUGACUGUGAGCGGGGUCACCUCUGACCUGUAACUUGGUCUAGUUUCGUCUCCAUGAAGAUAGAACAGUUGAUGCCAUACUGUGAAACAUCCAGACAAAGCAAUAACAUCUCCAUGGACAAAAGUAUUUGUUGGUCCCUCCACCAGAACAGUUACACAGAAUCACAACCAAAGGAACAGAAACAACUUACACAUUGUAUUUUGCCUUAAUUUCAUUGACUUAAUGAUACAACAGUAUUUCCAGUAUUGAAAAUGGAUCUAUAAAGUAUCAAACUCAGGCAAAUUACAAAUGCCACUGACACUAGGCGGGGUAUUUAGAAUUUACUACUGUAUCUGUACAAACUGUCACCAGAUACAAGGUAAACCUGCUGUUAAAACCCAAUAGUGCAUUUACAGAUAACAGUUGUAAUGCUUAUUUAUUAUUGAGUACAACAUAUUGUACAUGACGCCAAGUUGUUUUCCUUGCACUUUUUGUACUCUGGUUCUCAAGACAAUUACUCAAUCAGAAAACAGAAAAAGCUUCACAAGUUUCUCAUUUGGGCUGCCAGUUUUCACAACUAAACCUAGUCCAGAAACUGGCAACUCAAGUGAUAGUGAUAGUUACUUUUAAACCAGUAACUGCACCUUCCCUUUAAUUUAAUAUUUUUUAUAUAAUGUACUCUGAGCAAAUUUCUAAACAGCGCAAAAAUACUCAUGGUUACAAUCUACAUCUUCUUAUGCCUUCUUUCAUUAUGCUUGUAUUACUUCGCUCCAAAAGCCUUGGAUGUCUUUUUAGAAAACGGAUGAUAUUAUUAAUAUGGCUUGUAGGCCGCUGUCUGAUGUCCUGUUCAGAGCUACAAAUGAAGAAUUUUCUGACAUUAGCCUCUUUUUAUCGUACUAUCAAGAAACCAGUGUAACAUCAAUCAUAUCUGCAAUAAAUCAAAUUAAAUAAAAGUUUUAAGUUUUUGUUCA